GCAGCGCGUGGCGGUCGGAACAUCCUCGGUCGGUUUCAUCUUUGGUCUUGCGAAAACCCAGCACCUUUUACAAUCAUCACAAUGGCCGUUUUCGAAGGAAAGAAGUACAAGAUGGAGAAGUCGGAGGGAUUCGACGAUUACAUGAAGGCACUCGGUGUCGGCAUUGUGCUGCGUAAGCUCGGCAACAGCAUCUCGCCAACGGUGGAACUGGUGAAGAACGGUGACGAGUACACGUUCAACACCCUGUCCACCUUCAAGAACACGACGAUCAAGUUCAAGCUUGGCGAGGAGUUCGACGAAGAAACCGUCGAUGGCCGCAUGGUCAAGUCCGUCUGCACCCUGGACGGUAACAAGCUGAUCCACGAGCAGAAGGGCGAGAAGCCGACGACGAUCGUGCGGGAGUUCACCGCCACCGACCUGACCGCCACCAUGACCGCCGGCAAUGCCAAGUGCGUCCGCUACUACAAGGUCGCCUAAGGAAAGGGCGUCGAGCUCCGCGGUGACUUCCUCCGAGUUCCUGGCAUUCGAUCUGUGAUCGAACAAGAAGGACACAUCUGUGCGAUUGUUCUCGGAGAUGUUUGCUGCGGACCACGCCACGCUGCAAAAGGCGUACUUGCUUGACCCAUCAGGAUUCAGGACAUCACAUUUCCAGCAUCAUUCGCAUUUAUACUCUUACCGGUUAAGACGAAAAGAGGUGACUUCGCGUGACGGUUGUACGCGUGUACGAGCGCGCGUAGGAUGAACAUUAACGAUAAUAUAUAGAUUAUGCUCGUUUUGAUGAAGGUGUAUAUAUGCAUAUACAUUUCGAAUGAAUUGUUAUGGUUUAAUAAUAAUUCUCUAUUAUUUUGUUGCUGCAAACGAAAUCCCACAAAUAAAGAGACCAAGCGUUAGCGAU